AUGGCGUAUUUUCAAGUAGUUCGCCUGGUCUUGGGAUACUCUCUAACUCCAUUCUCAUUCGUCUUGGGGUUUAUUCUGGCAAAGUGUCUUUCCAUGCGAAGAUCCCGCCCAGAGUUUAAGGCAGCAUUUGCUUCUUUGCUAACUGCAUUACAAAUCUUGCUGUUCAAAGAGUCUAAGUGGCACUUUUUGGUGGGCUUACUUUUCGCAUGUAUAGGCUACCGUUCUCUUGUUCCCGGCCUAACUGGGGGCUUGGGGACUGGAAAAAGUUCUGUGUCAACCUUCUUGCGGUCGCACGGAUGGAGAGUAAUCGACGCUGAUGAGAUUUCAAGAAACAUUUUGAAGCGUGGAACACCAGCUUAUCGCCAAGUUGUCAAGGCGUUUGGAAGUUCUGUACUCGACAAGGCAUCGGGAGAAGUCGAUAGGAUGCGUUUGCGCCAUAUCGUCUUCCAGGAUGCAGCCAAACGACGUUUGUUGAACAGACUGACACACCCAUGGAUAAUUGGAACCAUCCUCUGGCGAAUAUUCAAGUUCAGAAUCUGCCUGUGGGAGCAGCGUGUAGUUGUUGACAUUCCCCUACUAUUUGAGACAAAGUUCAACCUUCUAUGCGGCCCAGUUGUUGUGGUAUGCGUGGCGGAAGAUUUGCAACUGCAACGACUGGUUUUACGGGAUAGAACUUCAUCUGAGGAGCUACUGCGUUCAAUGAUUAGGAGCCAACUUCCACUAAAGGAAAAGGUGUCAUUAGCGGAUAUCGUGCUAGAUAAUAAUUCAACUUUGGACAAUCUUUUUGAACAAAUCAAACAACAUUUUCCAUGCUAA